AUGGAAGGCGAACCAACAAGAAGAAGAAGAAGAAAAAGAUGGGAUUCUACAAUAAGAAUUGCAGUUUCUUCUCUUUGGUUGCUCUUAAUCUUUUCAGAAAUUUGUUUAUCUUCUUCUGAGAAGAUAAGUAAAACUGCUGGUAGUUCAAGAUUGUUUCCGGCAAGGAAAGCCCGAGUUUUCGACACGGUGGUGGCAUAUCAUGAAGAAGCUACAAGUCCAUCCCAAAUUGUGAGUCCUGAAACAAAUGGAAGUUCUUCAAACAAGUUGUAUGAAGAAGAAAAGAGACUAGUACACACAGGGCCCAACCCUCUUCACAACUAA